CUUUAGAAGUCAACAAGUCAAUUUGUCGAGGAGGGCCUCUCAGUCUCGGUUAAUAACCCAUUCCGGAUAGAUUAUGGUCUUAAGAUUUCUGAAUUAUUGAAAAGCAUUGGAAGAAGAUGAUGCACUAUUAUGUUGUUCUUUCUGUUUCAGGCGCAUUUUACCUGCUCCUCUUUCUUUCUUCUUCGCUCCUUGUUAUCCCACAAAACGUGUCCGAAAUGCAGCAGGCUUAUCUCUAUACAAGAUGUUCAGAAAUAUUUAAUUCUAGUAUUCGGUUCGCGAACAACCUUAACCACCUUCUCAUCCGGCGGUUUAAUGACCAAGGAAGUAUUUAUAGUUUCUUUAACGAUACGGCAAGGGAAAAUCCAGAGAAGGUUUAUGGCCUUUUCCUCUGUCGAGGUGAUGUUUAACCCAAUUUCUGCCAAUACUGCAUUGCCUUAGCAACCGCUAAGAUCUUAGAGGAUUGCGCUGGUGACAAAGAAGCGAUUAUAUAUUAUGAUGCAUGCCUUGUGCGCUAUUCCUAUAGAUCUUUCUUCUCUACCAUGCAGCUAACACCUGCUUUUGCUAUGUAUAAUGAUGCAAAUAUAACGGACCUUGAUAAAUUUGAAAAGAAUUUGGCCGAGACUUUCGACAAUCUGACUAGGAUGCUUUCAAAUGUUUCUAACCACAUGUAUGCAACUACAGAAGUUAAUGUUUCAAUUUCCAUGAAGCUGUAUGGCCUUGUUCAAUGCACCCCUGAUUUGUCAGUUGCAGACUGUCAAUCUUGUCUACGUAGCUCAAUCCUAUCUUUAGAGACUGGAAGACAAGGUGGGAGAUUUUUACGACCAAGCUGUAGCAUCAGGUAUGAGAUAUAUCCAUUUUAUGGAAAACCUCGAGACGAAUCAACAAACACUACGAUAAUCAAGAAUCCUGGAGUUGAAUCAGAAGCAUCCCUUCCUUCAGUAAACAAAACAAGUGGCUCAAACGGUUAGUAUCAUCAGAUGCUAGAGAAUUAAGCUUGCCUAAUUUUUAGUUACUGAAAUUUUCACCCAUCAAAAAAGAAAGUUGGAAAAAUACCUGCUACAGAAACUAAUUGCAAAUUAAUUAAUAUCU